ACCAAAAAAUCUGCAAGGAACGUGGGUUUGGAUUGCAUCGCGUGGCAGUGUGAGGCCUGUCCUGCACAAAAGGAAAAGUGCCCAUGAAGGUGCCACAAGAUUGAGACACAGGCAAAGAGGAGUAAAACAAGCCAGAACGAAGAUCUGAACAAACAGAACUGAAUGGAAUGGAGAAAUCAUAGUGCUGGCAAUUGAAUGGACUUGUAAAGGCAUCAGUGAAAUAUCUCAGGUUCAACAGGACACGGUCUGUGACAGAGGAUAUCACUGGGAGGUUUCAUGUUGCUUUCGUCUUUGUGACAUUCCUUCUCACACCCUUCCCCUCAAAAGGAGGCCCACAUAAAUAGAGGGCACAAUGAAUGAGAAAGAAAUCGGCCUUAGAGGAAGGUGAGGACUAACGCCUGUCCAUCUGACAAGGAUAAUGUGGCGUAUGUCGCUCAUGUGUGUGAUCACCUUGAUCGGUUGCUGCUCGGCUCAGACAGACUACAUUACAUGUAGGCUCCACUCUACUUUCAGACAAGCAGACAACUCAGACAUCACAGUGACAUGUGGAGCUAAUUACAUAUAUCUCAGCAUCCUGCUCUGUCCAAUCUACUAUGGAGGCUACAACGAAUCCCUCGUAGCCCUCAAUGGAAGAUUUAACAUUUCAGCCUGCCGUGGAAUGGCGGAUUUUGGAGCCAGCACCCCUGUCCUCAAUUUCAACAUAUCAAUCUUCCAAGAGACAAUGUCUCUCUGUGGCAACUCCCUAGUGAUUGUAGACCAAGUGGACACGGGUCAGCUGUCUGCUUUUUCCAGAGUCCAGUUUGUCAACAUUUCUGGAAGUGUCAUUUCUCAAGAUCCUGGCAGCAAUCCCAUCACCUACUACCAGGAGCUGCAGUAUCAGUUCUCCUGCCCCUACCCGCUGCAGUAUUUGGUCAACAACACUGAAGUAAGCGUGUCUAGGAUGAGUCUGGCUGUUAGAGGGAACAGAGGAAGCUUUAUCAGCACACUGAGCAUGAAUCUCUUCACUAACCAGGAAUACACGCAGCCUCUCCAGAUACCAGACGGUGGGCUGCAGUUGAAAACUCGAAUUUAUGUCCAGGUCAAGGCAAAUAAUCUAACCAACAGGUUCAAUGUGUUGCUCGAUCGCUGCUAUGCAACAACCAACCCAAAUCCAAUAAACAGCACUUACUAUGAUCUUUUUGUUGGGUGCAACCGUGAUAGGCAGACAGUGGUGGACCUGAACGGAGUAUCCCAAGAAGCUCGUUUCUCUUUCGAGGCCUUCCGCUUCAUAGAGCACCAGAACAAGACCGUUUCCACCUUCUACCUGCACUGCAUCACACGACUCUGUGAGAAUUCCAUGUGUUCCUCCAUGCUUCCGAACUGUGUGAAGAAAGUGAGAAGGGGGAUUCAGGUCAAUCAGUAUUCUAGCGAAACUGUUUCCUCAGGACCCAUUAAGACGAAAGUGGACAGCGGUAAGAAUUACAUUGAGACAUACGCUGCCCAUCAGAAUUUGGGAACAUUUUGCCUUCUUUUGACAUUUUUUUUAAUAAUGUUGGAUUUUCACUGUUACUUUUUAAGUAAGUAA